AGCGCCUGGCGGGGCCAUGCAGAGCCCUCCAGCCAUGGACUACAUCAACAGCCUGGUGAUGGGCGCACAGCACCGCGACGGGGGCCUGGCGCUGCCCUCGCUGCUGCUCGUGCCCAGCCUGGGCGAGCUGGUGAGCCAGUUCAAGCAGGACGUGCACUACGUGCUGGCGGCCGACGACGGUCGGCGGCCCUCCAGGGAGGACGACGAGGCGCUCGGGGGCCGCCGCGACGCCAAGGCCGACCCGCAGCAGCUGCUCGUCGCCGGCGACGCCGUCAAGGUGUCCGGCCUGGACUUCCUCGGCGCCCAGGAGGACAGCGGUGAGUGGCCCUCGCCUCGGCGUGGCGCUCGUGCGCUGAGCGCCGCGCUCUGCCCACCAGGGGUGCAGUUCAUCAAGGUGGAGGCGUACGAAGACCACAGCCUCAACCUGGACGGCUUCGCCAGCGAGUCGCCGUUACUGCACGAGAACAGCAAGGACGUGGCCCUGAGCACCAUCAACCAGGACCCGUCGAUGCUGCUGGAAGACCUCACCAAGCACAGCACGGCCUUCGAAGAGGCCGCCGACAUGACCGACCUUUUCGUGACACCGCUGGGCGAGCAAAACGCGUCCAACAGCCUGGUCGCGCAGCCGGACGGCAAGGAGAACAAGAAGCUCAAGAGCAGGCGGCCUGCGUCGCCGCCGGCCAAGGAGGACAAGUGCUGCUCGGCGCCAGAUGAGCCGGAGCCUUCCCGCGACAAGCCCGAGCCGCAGGCCGUGCUCGAAGGCAAGCUGAAGAUCACCGCCAGCAACCAGUUGGCCCACAGUCUCAACCUGGAUGUGCUGCCAGUGGACUCGGUGAUCCUUGGGAACUUUCUUUUGGUGCCUGACGCGAUGUCACCGGUCAAGUUUCAGAUUCUGCAUGAAGACGGAACCACCAUCAAGGAAGUGAGCAUCAAUGCCAUCUGCAAGCUGGAAGGUACUAACCCCAUCAACAAAGACAAUUCAGGUGCCGGCGAAAGCCCAGGAUCCCUAAAGAAAACCCCGGAGAGCCCACCGAAAAACUCGAGGCCCUUCCAGUGCGAAAUGUGUAGCGCUACCUUCAAUCGCUUGGGAAACUACACACGCCACCAGAAGAUCCACACGGUACGCACAAAGUCUUCGCAGGAGGACGAGCGGUUCCACUGCAAGGAGUGCGGAAAGAGCUUCAUUCAGCGCUGCGACCUGACUCGACACCUCCACGUGCACACGGGGACGGAACCGCAUCGGUGCUCGCUCUGCGGCAAGGGCUACAUCCGCCAUAGUGACCUGGUCACCCACCAGCGAUUCCACAACAAGGAGAAGCCCUUCGGGUGCCCUCACUGCUCCAAGGGCUUCUCCCAAAGAGGGGACCUCAACCGGCACCUGCGCUCCAUUCACCUGCAAGUGAAGCCUCUGAUGUGCGGCCACUGCCACAAGAAAUUCGCCAAGGAGGCCACCCUGAUCCGGCACAUGCGCACCUCUCACAGGGAGAUGCUGCUGCAGUCCGUUCUCAAGGCGUAGGGCCGCCUUUCGGUUUCAGCCACCGCCGGAGCGCUACUGUUGUCAUUAGCAUCCUGUGUUGUCGCGCCCCGCUUGUUUAGCGACGCUUUGGAGCCGCACGUUAUUUUUUUGCAUACAUGCGAGGCACACGAUGUGUACAGUUUCUACGGGCCCGUAGCCAUUGGUUCGAACGCCUGAAUUGCACAGAUCCUACAUAUGGUGCUUGUUUGGUUGCACGCAGUAUUUGGUUCGAGCGUUCAAAACCGCUUUCAAGCAACACUUUUUUGUACAGGCGUGCCGUUGUAGCAACGGGCAAAGCAGUUGGCGUUAGAAUGUGACAACAUAUCGUCUCAAGCUGUUGUGAGCACCCACGGGCUCUGUAGACACCACUUGUUGCAUCCUCCAAGGUGCAGUGUAAGUCUGUGAGCAAACUGCACACUUCCCUAAGCGAAGAUCGGCGGAUAUCUAACAUUUUUUGCUGUUGGCCGUAGCUGUCGACUUAUGCCGCGGCUCCACUCAGAGCGUUAUCCCCCGAGCGUUCCUCGUGAGUUGUUGUUUUCUCCACGCGCCAGUACACGAGAAAGGCAGAAAGCAUGCACUCCAAAGUUAACCCGCUCCUCGCACGCUUGAUGUGUUAACGCCCCUAAGUGUGUAACAUCGUCCCAUGCCCAACAGUCCCUGUACUGAAAGCAAUUAAGUCAAUAAUAUGGGACAGGCUGCUCCAACACUCCCUUACAAGUGUUAACUGGGCGAUAACAACGGAAAAAAGCAGUGAGCUGCAUCACGAUCUGUUCCUCGCAGUGACUACCGCUGCACUUGGCCAGUGACGAGUGACCAGCGUAUCUAAUGAAGCGUUGCUCUAGCACGAGCAAAGGUAACCAGAUUCGGCAAUGGCAACGGCGAACCACGCCCAUGAUCGCAGCCAACAAACCCGAUCGCCCAGCGAGCGCCUGAUUUUUUUUGGGACGACGUUACACCGUCGGGAAGGCGAGUAGCUUUUUAAGUGCGUGGAGUGAGCAACCCGGUGACUGUUGUGCGGCUGGACAGAGGCGCCCAAAAAACAACAACAACAAUAACGGAGCGUCGCGCGCGCGCGCGCGACACCGUCGGCCGCUGUGCCGCGCUCUGUUGACUGCGGUGCAGGGCGGCGCCCUCCUCUUCUCCGGCGGAGGAGGACCGGCGCCCUCGGCUGCCUGUGUUCUCCCGGCGUUGACGCACGGCCGGCGAGUGCGCGCACGAGCGCGAACGCUUUGCCAGCAACCGCUGCCGCUGCAUGCAGCAGCAGCAGCAGCCUCAAGUGAGCAAGCAAGCCACGCGCGAGGGGCUGCCGCGGCGGCGGCGCUCCCCUCGCUCUCUUGUGAUCAAGUCAGGGCUGGAAACUCCUGAUUAACCAUGUCUUCCAUUUCGCAGAGGUAUCCGCAUGCCUUCUCGGUGUCUGUAAACUUUUUGGGUAACUUUAGAUGUCUUACAUUGAGAGUACACGUAUUUUUGCUGUUUCGGGGGAGGGCAGGACGGUCCGCUUCUCAGACCCGCCGCUGGCCCUGUCCAUCUCUCCGAGUCUGUGUACCGAAACCACGACCGUGUGUGUCGGCCAGUGCGCGUUCGUUCCGACGGAACAUCCAGGGCUUCCGCUGUAGAGUCUUAUCUAUAUGUGUGUGCGCGUCCACUUUGUUAGACGCAUGAGCGUGUUUUUCUUUUUUUUUUCUCUCUAUUUUUUUUUCUUUACGCGGCCAAUGUGGCGCGCCGGGCGCACUGAUGAGCCACCGACAGAAUCAAAGAUAAAGAAGAAAGAAAGUAGGGCGGUAGAGCCGAGCGCUACGAUUGUCUCCUAGCGCGCUUCGCCUCCAAGCUUCGGGGUCUAGGCGCGUCGAGGAGAAGCCGACCCGGAGCGGCGCCACCAGCGCCGCCUGUGCGCGUUGACGGCGGUGCGCGUAACUGCGUGUCUUUCGUUCCACGCCUGUGUAUGUCGUCGCGUCAACAGUCACAUUCACUCGAGCAUUAAAUUCCGGCGCGAGACCGCACUUCUCGUUCGCUCGCACCAUGCAAUUCUGCACCAAAGGCUGCGGUCACGUUGCGGGUCCUCUUUCGGCCGCUGUUUCUUUUAUUUAUUUUCUUUUUUCGCGCGCGGCUAGUUGUUGAGCAUUAAAGGUUAGUGCCGAAAGAGUAGCGGGUAUACGCACGCCGACGAAGUUCGGCGCGCAACACUAGUCGAAUACUCGUGACCUCCAAGAAAAAAAAAAAGUAAAAGUAAAUAACGCCAAAGAACAACUGCAUUCGUUGGUUGAGACGUCGUGCUACGUGGUUGAGCUAAAUGCAACGUGGUUUCUGAUAUACACUGGCUGAAGCAACGAACGAUUUGAUUAUUUUCCCCACUUUUGUUCCGCAAAGAAAAAAAAAUGAGCCAGAUGAAUGGGAAACACGUGUUUGCGGAUUGGCUGCAAAGGGCGAUGGCGCUCAAUUGGCUCGACCGGCAUCGACAAGCUGGCCCCCUGCCCCGCUCCGUGGGGGCAAGGUGGUCCGCUGUGGGCAAUAAUUGUUUCUCGCUGUGCCAUAUUGUUGUAUCAGAGUAGACAGAAACGUGGAACCUUGAAACCCCUUUGUUCCUUCUGUGAUCUCCCUCUUUUUACGACUCUAUUUUAAUAUAUAUUCACUAUAGUAUUUUUACAAACUGUAUUUCAGACGAUAAUUUAAUUGCUGUUGGUACAAAGAAAAAAAAAGAUCUGGUAUGUGAAUCAUAUAGCAUCCAAUAAAACCGAUAACGUGCGCGCUAGAACAAAGGAAAAAUGUCUCUGCCUCCUCUUUCUCUCAUUUUUGGUCUUUGCUUGUUUUUUCUCCAAACGGGCUCGAAGUGUCGACGAGCUGGAGCGAAACGCAAAGAUGUCGAUUCUCUUGAAAUGGGAUGCGGUCGUGCCUUCAAAGGCAACAUCAUCGUGUGCCUGGAUGC